AAUGUGAUGAUUUUAGAAUUCAUUGAUAUAUAAUUUAUUAUAUAGAUAGUAAAUGUUAUUGAAAGAUUUAUUAAUAAUUAUUUUAGGAGUAAUUAUUUUAAUUAUUGGAGUUUUAGUAGGAGUAGCUUUUUUAACUUUAUUAGAACGAAAAUUAUUAGGAUAUAUUCAGAUUCGGAAAGGUCCUAAUAAAGUUGGAUUAAUUGGGAUUUUGCAGCCUUUUGCAGAUGCUAUUAAAUUAUUUACCAAGGAGCAAACUUAUCCUAAUUUUUCUAAUUAUAUUUGUUAUUAUUUUUCUCCUGUUUUAAGAUUUAUUUUAUGUUUAAUAAUUUGAAUAUUAAUUCCUUAUUAUUUUAAUUUAAUUAGAUUUAAUAUGGGAAUUUUAUUUUUUUUAUGUUGUACUAGAUUAGGGGUAUAUACAGUUAUAAUUGCAGGUUGAUCUUCUAAUUCAAGAUAUUCUUUAUUAGGGGGAUUACGAGCUGUAGCACAAACUAUUUCUUAUGAAGUAAGAUUAGCUUUAAUUUUAUUAUCUAGAAUUAUUAUAGUUAUAGAUUUUAAUAUAUUAAUAUUUAAUAAAUAUCAAAAUUUAAUUUGAUUUAUUUUUAUUAUAUAUCCAUUAAGAUUAUGUUGAAUUUCAUCAAGAUUAGCUGAGACUAAUCGAACUCCUUUUGAUUUUGCUGAAGGGGAAAGAGAGUUAGUUUCAGGAUUUAAUAUUGAAUAUAGAAGAGGGGGAUUUGCUUUAAUUUUUUUAGCUGAAUAUUCUAGAAUUUUAUUUAUAAGUAUAUUAAUUGUAUUAAUUUAUUUAGGGGGAUAUAGAAUAAGAUUAUUUUUUUAUUUAAAAUUAAGAUUAGUAUCAUUUUUAUUUAUUUGAGUUCGAGGAACAUUACCACGAUAUCGAUAUGAUAAGUUAAUGUAUUUGGUUUGAAAGGUUUAUUUACCUAUUUCUUUAAAUUUUUUAUUAUUAUAUAUAGGAAUUAAAAUUUUUUUAUAGUAUAAUUUUUA